UUGAAGCCCCCAGGAGGAGGUUCCAGUAAUCUUUUUGGGAAUACAGAAGAAGUUCCUUCUUCGAGCAGGCCACAUCGGAUGGCCUCCAAUAUCUUUGGAGCAUCAGAAGAACCUCAAAACAUUCCAAAAAGAACAAACCCUCCAGGAGGAAAAGAAAGUGGUAUUUUUGAGGAUUCUAAUUCUGCUCAGCCUCGUCCACGAAUGAAUCCACCUGGGGGGAAGACAAGUGAUAUCUUUGGGUCUCCUGUAUCUACCAGUGUUGUGCGAGCACACCCAAACAAGCCUAAGGAUCAUAUUGACUUGAAAGAAGAUGAAACACCAAAGAAGCUAGAAGCUACAGAAAAUACCAAACCACACCUGGAAGAUGGAGGUGAGAAAAAAGACGUGGGCAAAGAGGAGCGAGGCAAAGAGUCUGAUCCCAAGAUAGACAAUCACGAGCCACGGCUGGGGCCAAGGCCGCGGUCACACAACAAGGUCCUCAACCCACCAGGGGGCAAAUCCAGUAUUGCCUUCUAUUAGUGUCACCUGU